AGGUGGAGAGAAAAAAAAUUGAAUGGUAGUUGAAAAAUAAAGACACGGCAGAGAAACACCAUAUGGGUGAGUCAGAAAAAGGAGCGACAGAUGGAUGGUUCAGGAGUGAGGAAAAGGGAAUGGAUAGGGAAGAGAGAUGAGAGCUGGAAGAGUACUAUUGCUGCAGGCUUUGUAUACAGUAGAGUGUUGAAAGGGUUUGCUUCCCAGGCCACUGAAAACAGUGUGUGACAGAAAAAGAAGUCAUCGUGGUUCAAGGCAGAGAGAAAGAUACACAGCUGGAUAAGAGAGUUCAGAUGGUAUUAUUUGUGAGCUGAUAGAGCUUAGACUUGGCACAGACAAGCAGUGCUGUUUCUGUGCUAACUAAAUCCACACUGAUGAAGUUCCUGGGCUGCAACAGGAGGAAUCUUUCAGUGAGAACUCAAAGGAGACUGGGAAGCCUCGUUCUACCUCUCGGCGUCCAGUCUGAACCAGGUUUGCUUUUCAGCCGCCAUGUGGGAGUUGAGCUAUGUCUUUAUUAAGACUUGAGGAGCCCCUUGGUUUGGGUUCUUUUACUGGACUACAAAUGAGAUCUGUGCAAUUGCAUAAGAGAAGCACUUUGCUCCACUUUCAUGCUGGCUGACGGCAAACAUUAAAUGUGUUUGCAUGGAACUGAAACUGCAAGCAGAGGCCACCAAACACACUUCCUACUUCACAAAAUGCCAUUUUAAUGAUUGAACUGUGUGCUUGUGAUAAAUGUAAUGGCUUUAAUGUAAUGUACAUUAUGAAUGCCAAUCUGCAAGUUUAAAAGCAAAUGUGUGUUUGCACUCCAUGACUUUUAUUUACAUUAUGCCACUUAGACUUGUUUGCUCCUAAGGGCCACCAGCGAGACCGAAUGGCACCAUGACAGGGAUAUGCUGUGAGAAUACAGGGCCAGUGGAGCUGAGCAAGUGCUGUGGAGUGGUGAAACAGAGAAGUGAGGCAGAGAAGAAAGCUGUAGGGGAUAUUUUUGAGGAACCCAUUCUGAUGUCAGAAACUAAAAGAGAGAAGGAGUCUUCUCUAUUUGUGUAUGAACUAAAAAGAUACAAAAACACAUCAGGACAAUAAAGGCAGAGAAAGGCAAAACUGAACUCUAAAUACGUGAACAUAUUUUAGUGGAUGCUUUUUGCACCAGCAACCUUGCCCAGAAGAGCAUCCUGUUUUACCAACAAGCUUGAAAAAAAGGCAGAGCAGCAUCUAGAACACAUACCAGAUAGAGAAAACCACAGGUCUUUAAAUAGAUGGCUGAAAAAGAGAAGUGUCAAGUGGACAGAGAUACGCAGAGAGAGACAGACUGAGAAAGAGCAAGAACAAAAGUUUACAUCAGGCUUUAAGAAAAGAAAAGAGUGGCAACCAGUGCCACUGUGGAACUUUAGUUUUUGCUUAGAGUUGGAAUUUACUCACAGCAACAAUUUCACAAAUCAUAGAGAACGAGGACAGGAGGACAACAGGAGACAAAACGAAGGGCUAAAGGAAAGGGAAGAGGCAAAACGCUCAUAGGAAACAAGGGGGGCUCAUGGGAAACCUCCUGAAAGUGCUGGCUUGCACCGAACUUGAGCAUGGCCCAAUAGUUUUCCUUGACUUUGAACAUGCCCAGCCUACAGAGGCAGAGACAGCCGUGUGGAACCAGGUCAGCGCUGUGCUGGAGGAGGCUCAUGGGAUCUUAGCCGAGCUGCAGUCCUAUAAUGGCGCAGGCCAGGAGAUACGAGAAGCCAUCCAGAACCCAGGCGACCUCGCUCUUCAGGAGAAGGCCUGGAAUGCAGUCUGCCCACUGGUGGCCAAGCUGAAGAGGUUCUAUGAGUUCUCUCUGAGACUGGAAAAUGCCCUGCGCAGCCUGCUGGAGGCACUGACGAGCCCACCUUACGCUCCCAUGCAACACCUGGAGAGAGAGCAGGCACUGGCCAAACAGUUUGCUGAGAUCCUUCAUUUUACACUCAGCUUUGAUGAACUAAAGAUGACUAAUCCAGCUAUUCAGAAUGACUUCAGCUACUACAGGAGGACCAUAAGUAGGAACAGGCUGAACAACCAGCAGCUGGAGGCAGAGAACGAGGUUAACAAUGAAAUGGCCAAUCGGAUGUCCCUGUUCUAUGCUGAAGCCACACCCAUGCUGAAGACACUGAGUAAUGCCACCACCAAGUUUGUUUCAGAGAAUAAGACCCUGCCCAUAGAGGACACCACAGACUGUCUGAGCACCAUGGCCUGCGUGUGUCGUGUCAUGCUGGAGACCCCUGAGUACCGCUGUCGGUUCACCAACACAGACACCAUGCUGUUCUGUAUGAGGGUGAUGGUGGGCGUCAUCAUUCUCUAUGACCAUGUUCACCCUGUUGGAGCUUUUGCCAAGACCUCCAAAAUUGAUAUGAAGGGCUGCAUCAAGGUGCUGAAAGAGCAACCGUCCAACAGCGUGGAGGGACUUCUGAAUGCACUGAGGUACACGACACGACAUCUAAAUGAUGACAGCACCUCCAAACAAAUCAGGGCCCUCCUGCAAUGAAGGAAAGAGGAGAGCCGCAGAGAGAUGGAGGGAAAAAGGAGUGCACUUGAAAGAGGACAAAAAGGAGGAAGAGGAGGAAACAAAAAUCAGUGGCUGAUAAAUCUGUUUCUUGACAAUGAACAAAGAAAAGCAUCUCCAGGUUAAGAGCAACCUGAUGAUAAUAGGACGAGGAAAAUAAUUAUAUAUAGUCAGCUGUCCAUCAUUCUGUCUCUCAUUUUGUAAAGUAAGAAAAGAGAAAAAAGCCAGAAAAGAAAAUAUAGUUAUAUAAUAAAACAAGUGAAAUAAACAGCAGAUGAAAAAUAGGAAGAGGAAGUUAUAUCGAGAAAUUUAAGGUCAGAACUGAA